AUGGCGUCGACGCAGCAGGCGACGAAGAACUCGAUCACGCUCAAGGGCAGCACCGAGAUCGUGUCCGAGUUUUUCGGGUACGCCGUGAACUCGAUCUUGUUCCAGCGCGGCAUCUACCCCCCGGAGUCGUUCGAGAGGAAGCACAAGUACGGGCUCGCGAUGCUCGUGAGCACGGACGAGUCGCUGAAGGCGUACUUGGUCAACGUCCUCCAGCAGAUAAACGACUGGCUCAUGGAGAAGAAGCUGCAGAAGCUCGUGCUGGUCGUCACCGCGGUCGGAUCGAAGGAGGUGCUCGAGCGCUGGGUGUUUAACAUCGAGACGGACGCGGACGCGUCGGGCGCGUCGGGCGCCGCGACGCGCGCGGAGAAGUCGGAGAAGGAGAUCAACCAGGAGAUCAGCGCCAUCAUACGCCAGAUCACGGCGUCGGUGACGUUCUUGCCGCUCCUGGAGGAGGCGUGCACGUUCGACCUGCUCGUGUACACCAACGCGGAUUCGUCCGUGCCGGAGGCGUGGGAAGAGAGCGACCCUCGGUACAUCGCGGAGAACGCGGAGCAGGUGAAGUUGCGGUCGUUCAGCACGUCGAUUCAUAAGGUGGACGGGAUGGUGUCGUACAAGUCCGUGGAUGACGACUGAUUGAAAUUGACGCGGGGGAGAGGUAUAAUAGAGGUGGGGGUGGGGGAGCGACGGAGGAUCGAUUAGCGGCAACCGGGGAAGGAAGAGGAGGGCGCGGCUUCUUUUAAAACCAAUCAGACGACGAAUACG